AUGGUGUGCUCUACUGCAACAACAGCAAUAAUGAAUUUAAGAUUUUUGGAUCUGGAUAAUGAACCAUUGAAAAUGCUACUUCCGAUCGAAGACUAUCGAAAUUUUGCAUUGAUAUCAUUAGAAAAAGCUAACAUAGCCAAAAUCCUUCCUGAUGGUUUAACACAAGAUGAAUCCGCAGCUAUUCAACUAUAUACGCUUGAAUGGUAUCCUAGUGAUCGGAGUUUAUAUUAUCAAUUAAACCAAACACUACGUCUGGAAGAUCGUCAGCAAAUGAUACCAUGGUUCUCCUAUUUAAAAUUGUUCCUUGCAGCUUUAUUUAAAUUACCUAAUGUUAAAGCAACAGUAUGGCGUGGAGUUAAAAGUGAUUUAACUAGUCAGUAUCCAAAGGGUCGUAGAUGUACAUGGUGGGGAUUAAGUUCUUGUACUGAAUCAACUGAAGUUCUGAAACAACCACAGUUUCUUGGCACAACAGGGACGCUGUUUUCGAUUGAAUGUUUAAACAGCAAAAAUAUAAAGCAACAUUCAUAUUUCCAAACUGAAAGUGAAAUAUUAUUGAUGUCGGCUACAUAUCUGGAAGUUGUAAGCCAACUUAAUGGAGGUGCUGACGGGCUACAUAUCAUACAUUUAAAAGAAAUAAAGCCCCCACAUCCAUUACUUCAAUCGCCUUUUUGUGCUAGACAAACUACGAUUCAGUCGCAAAAUAUCAUUAAUAAAUCAGUUAAGUUACCAACCUGGAACCAGUGA